CAAAUAACAACAACAACAACAACAACACCAAUAAUAAUAACAGUAAUCUUUAAUGUCGUUACUUUUAUGCUGACUGAAGCCAAACAAUACAUUAACUAGGCAAAGAUUAAACUCAGGGUCAAUACAACCUACAAAAAAUCUACAUCUUUCCAGAGCUAUUUUUUGUGGGUACAGGGCCAAAACAGGUGGAUAAGAGUUUCUGGGUCUACCUCACAGAAUAAACAGUUGAAAAUGAUGUCCUUUUUGAACGUAAUGAGAAACUGGUUCACAGUGUCACGCUCUGACUAGUGCGCAAAUCGGAACACAGCCACUGACUUCGGCGACUAGUGUUGCACCCGGAGUGUUUUUACACGUACACCGGAUUGAACAUGUCCCGCCGUGCGGAGCUGUUUUGACCGUCCGGACCGCGAACAGUGGACAGUGGACAAUGUCCGGCAGAGAAGAAAUGGAGGAUUUAGAGCAGACGAGGCUGCGUCUGUGUGACGAGUUUGCUACUAUCACCGGGUCGGACAGCGCGGUGGCUCAGUGUUACCUCGCUGAAAAUGACUGGGAUAUGGAGCGGGCCUUAAACUCUUUCUUCGAAGCAGAUAUGGAGUCAGUUUUUGACGUUGAGGACAAAGAAGAGGAGAGGAACAGACCUUUGAGUAAGAGAAAGGAGGCUGAUGAUCCAGAGAAGACUGACGAUGCUCCAGAGACAAAGAGGAGGAUGAACCCUCAGCAAGUCCACUGUAUUGAUCUCACUGAGGAGGAGCCUGCUUGCUCCAGCAGCACCAGCUCAAAAGGGAGCGAGGAUGAUGAAGGUGACAGCAAGCUCUCUCUUAUCUCCUGGAAUGUGGAUGGCUUGGACACAUUAAGUCUUGCAGAACGCGCCAGAGGCCUGUGUUCAUAUCUGGCGCUAUACACACCAGAUGUGGUGUUCCUACAAGAACUCAUCCCUUCAUACGCUCAGUAUGUUAAAAAACGUGCUGUCAGCUACCUGUUUAUCGAAGGAAAUGAAGAUGGAUACUUCACUGGUCUUAUGCUGAAAAAAUCAAGAGUAAAACUACAAAAAAGUGAAAUAAUUUCUUAUCCAACAACACAGAUGAUGAGGAAUAUUUUGUGUGCCCAAGUGACAUUCUUGGGUAAAGAACUAUAUUUGAUGACCUCACACUUGGAGAGCUGUAAAGACCAGGCUACAGAGAGAAUGAAACAGCUAGGGAUGGUGUUCCAGAAGAUAAAAGAGGCGCCAGAUAAUGUGACGGUUAUUUUUGGAGGUGACACCAAUCUAAGAGACUCUGAGGUGGCUAAGGUGGGAGGUCUCCCUGCUGGCGCGAUUGACGUGUGGGAGGAGCUUGGCAAACAGGAGCACUGCAGAUACACCUGGGACACUAAAACAAAUAGCAAUAAGACUGUGUCUUACGUCAGUAGAUGUCGCUUUGACCGCAUUUACCUGAGACCUGCAAAAGCAGGGCCUCGAAUGGCUCCUGAACACAUGGCCUUGGUUGGAAUGGAGAAACUGGACUGUGGCCGCUACACAAGUGAUCACUGGGGAAUCUACUGCACUUUCACCUGAUUUUUAAAAAGAAUAUCUGAAUAUGAUGUAUUCGCUGGACAGCAUGGGAUGAACUGUUGAAAUUGACUGAAAUUAAAGACCUACCUCGAUUUCUUUACAUAUUUUUGGCUGUACAUUGUUUGCUGUGCACAGAUUCAUACAAAAAGGCAGUUUCAUACAGAUACGCCACUGUAAAAAAAGUCAGAUCUCCAAUUAAUUUCCAGUCAAAACGGCCUGUAAAUGUAAGUUAUUAAUUGUAGCUUGAUUCAGGCGAGAAGGCGUGGUCUACACUUGCCAUUUCUAAUCAUUUUGACCUACCCCUACAGUGUGACCGUAGAUGCUCAGUCACAUUCUUACAGUUCCUGCUUGCCUCACCAAAACACUUUCAUAUUUGAUGAGUCAAGCAGUGACAACAUUACAUUCAAGCAAAAGAACCACAGCCAUGAUCAAUCAUGAUCUUACCAGUUUGUAUCAUCUCAUUUAGGGACUGAAAGUGCCUCUCUUAGGACUGGUUCCUCUAAAUGAUUUUGCUUGAGCUUAGGCUUAAUUACACAAAAGCAUCCACCAUUGUGUUUUAUUG